AUGGAGACAACAUAUAUGGUGUUUGAUUUAGACACAACAAAUAAAAGUAAAUUAAGAAAAGGAUCGAAUCUUAAAAUUUUAGAUGCUAAACCUGGAGUUUACACAGAAUAUAAGCCUUAUUUGUAUAAAGAUAAAUCAUUCGUGAAAAAACUUCUUAGAGGAAUGCAAAACAAGCGACCAGAAGAAGUGCAAUCAGCACUAUUGCGAAGGCACUUUUUAGAACUCACUCAGAGUUUUAUGAUACCACUUGAGCGAUAUAUGUCAUCAUUAAUGCCUUUACAAAGAAACAUUUCCCCUUUUAAGGCGGCUCCUAAACCUUGGCCUUUUAAUCCAGACAAUUUUUUGGCCAGUUUAGAAUAUGCUGGGCCUCAGUUGACAUGUGGUAUUAAAGGAGACUGGAAAGGACUUUACAAGCAAUUUUUUAGAUCUCCAAAUUUCAAUGGUUGGUACAAUGUCCGUUACAAAGGAAUGAUGAUGAAACUUCAAGUUUUGCAAAUUGAAGCGCUAUCAAGUGUGGAUAUUAACAAUUGGCUUGAAGGAAAACAAGAAGUAGAAAUUGUUGACAUGAUACUGAAAAUACGACAAAAACUGGAUGAAUGUGAAAGCAAAGGAUACCAGUUAAAUAAAAGAAUCAAAGAUCAAUUAAAAGUGAAAAUGGAUGAUAUAAUUUGCUCAUUGCCAGAUGAUUUAAAAAAUGUCUUAUCAAAUAAAAAGCCUUCUUGCAGAUGAUACACUUCCAUGUAUCAUAUCCAGAUAUAGAUGGAAAGUAAUUUCAAUCAUUUAAAUAAUAUCAAUGCCAUCACACCAAUUGUGUCUGUAUUUAUCCUGACUUUGAUGUACAUACCGAUCAUUAGUUUUAAAAUUGAUAUUAUUAUUAUUAUUAUUAUUAUUAUUAUUAUUAUUCCAUAGUUAUAUAUUUUUACAAACAUGUUACAGUUUAAUACAUUUUUAAGUAUUCAGAAAUCGUCUAAAUUUCUAUCAUUGACACUUAUUAACUAUGAAUUCCUAAUUUUACAACUUUGUUAAAAUUAAGUACAGAUAUUUUAGACUAAACUAUAUUCGUACUGCCUUAAAUUUUUGUAAUACUUACUUUAAGUUACUUCCAAGAAACAUGCUGGUUAAUUUAUGUUUAUUUAAUAUAAUAUUGUUAUGGCUUAUGCCAUAAAUAUUGCCCAUGAAUAUAAAGUUAUAUUAUAUGAAAGACCUAGUGUUAUGAUUAGUUAAGUUGUUAAUUUUGAAGUUAAAGAAAUUUUUUUGCCAUUUAUAUAAUCUUGUGUUAAAUUAUUUGUAUAAAAAAUGUAUUUGAUAUAUGAAAAUUUAAACAAUGUACGAGUUGAGCAAUUUUUAUAAUAUGUCACUAUCUCUCCUGAAAUAAUAUCACUAAAUAAUUAUUCUGUAGUAAUAAUAUUAUAAUGCUGGAAAGGAAAUAAAGGGUAAGCAUUUCAGCCUUAAAAUUUUUUCAAAAACUAAUAAUAACUUGUUAUUUUUUAGCAAGUUUCACAAACACCUUUUAAGAGUACAAUAAUUAAUUAAUAUGAUGAAAACUUAACAUUAGAAUGUAUUGAUAGCCAAUAGGUAUAGAUCUAUGUUAGUUGACAGUCAAUUUGGUACUUGUUAAUAAGGCUAUUUUUCCUUUUCAUUAGUUUCAUCGCAGUAACAAAAUGUUUUAACAUAAUAAAUAA